AGUCCAGCUGACAGACGGACAGAGACGAUCCGCACCAACAGCACAGACAACAGGAGUUAAAGGAUUUCCCUCAGCUGGAAACACAGGAAAGGACGAGGAACACUGGACACUUUGGGGAACCUUUGAGGAUCUUAAGCUGAAUCCGUCCUCACACAUGGAUUGCACCUGAAGACGAGCGGUUUGCAUAAAGUCUGAGAUAACGGCUGACCGACGGCCAUCUUGCACACAGUGUCAAGAACUCGUCUGGACUCCCUGCUGGUCCUGUGCGCCACCGCUGCAGCGCCCCCUACUGUGUCGAAUGGAUCCUGAAGCCGGCCGGCUGCCAGUCCAGGUCCUGGGAGAGAACGAGGCGCUGCAGCAGUUCUUCAAUGGUCAGGAUGUGAGCGGUGUGUUGGACAGCUCUGUCGCUGUUGACACGAGCAUGCUGGAGCAGUAUCUUAGCAACGAUGUGGACCCCAUCAGCUUCAUGCUGCCCGAGUCUCCUCCUGAUUCGAGCUCAGAGGCCUGCUCACCUGCACAGAUUCCAGGGGACCUCCACUACAUGUCAUCCUAUUGGUCCAACCAGCCGACCACCCAGGUGGCGUUUCAACACACAAAUGCAGCGGCUGCUUCCUCCUCCUGCCGCUUUAAGGGUCGAGGGCCUUCCCCUUCCAACCCCGAUGAGCUGACUUACAAUCACCUUCGUACUUUGGGACUCACAAACACUUAUAUCAAGUCUGGGACUCCUCCUGCACCUCCUGCUCCACCUGGACCACCUGCUCCUCUGGAGCAGCAGCAGCACACACAUCCCUCACCUGAACAGCCACGCUAUCUAAGUCCAGAGAGCUACUCACAGGCUUACACCCCACCCACACCUCCUUCUCCACAUUUACAACCUUCAAACAGCUAUACCGCAUCCAGCACUGGACCAGGCCUGGCCCCAAAUCUAGCCACACCCACUUCAACACAUGUGCUGGGCUCCGCCUCCACACUACAAAGCUGCACCUUGGAGAGUAAGAAAAGAAGGCGAUCAGAGUCUGAGGAACCAUUUGCAGGAGUUGGCACCUCCUGCUGUGAAGGUGAAGGGACUCGAGGUGGUGGUGUGGGGAGCAGUGCAGGUGUUGGUGGAAUGGGUCCGGGAUCCUAUCAGCUGCUAUCUUGGGAAGAGUACAGACCAGAAGAGUGGAACACUUUGUACGACAGCAGCUACCAAACACUGUCUCCUCCUGCCUACCACGUUGAUACAGAUAAGGGCUUCAACUACUCCACAGCUGAUGAAGCCUUUGUGUGCCAAAAGAAGAACCACUUUCAGGUCACGAUUCACAUCGGUGUGGCUGCAGAGCCACAGUAUAUCAAAACGGCCAGUGGGCCACAGGAAAUCAACUGUUUCCAGAUAAAAGUUUUCGGAGUUAAGAUGGAAGCUCCAAGUCACCUUGUGACCAUUGAGCAGUCUCAACCUGACCGCAGCAAAAAACCCUUCCAUCCAGUCAGGGUCAGUCUACCUGGUGGCAAAAUAACCAGAGUUACACUUGGCCGACUGCACUUUGGCGAGACGACAGCCAACAACAUGAGAAAAAGAGGCAAACCGAACCCUGACCAGAGGUAUUUUCAGAUGGUGGUUGGCCUGUAUGCCGCAGUCAAAGAAGAGACGUUCCUCCUGACGGCUCUGGUGUCGGAGAAGAUUAUUGUCAGGGCUUCUAACCCGGGUCAGUUUGAGACAGAUGGGGACACCAUGUGGCAGCGCGGGGCAGUGCAGGAAGCUUUGGUCUGUCAGGGCCGGGUGGGCAUCAACACUGACUCCCCUGAUGAGGCGCUGGUCGUCUGCGGUAAUGCCAAAGUGAUGGGCGCCGUCAUGCAGCCAUCCGACUGUCGCGCUAAGCAGAACAUACAGCAGGUUGACUCUGAGCAGCAGCUGAGGAGAAUCAACCAGAUGAAGAUAGUUGAGUUUGAUUAUAAACCAGAGUUUGCUUCCAAAAUGGGAAUCGAUCACAUCCACCAGACAGGUGUUAUAGCUCAGGAGGUGAAAGAGCUGCUGCCGUCUGCAGUGAAGGAUGUUGGAGAUGUCACCUGUUCUGAUGGAGAGAAGAUUCAUAACUUCCUCAUGGUGGACAAGGAGCAGAUCUUCAUGGAGAAUGUGGGGGCGGUGCAGCAGCUGACAAAGGUCACUGAUGACCUGGAUACUCGUAUCAAAGAACUCGAGGUCUGGAACCGUCGACUGGCAAAGCUGAAGAGCCUGACAGGCAGCUUACGAUCCUCUGGGAGGCCUCAGAAACAUGGCAGCAUGUCAACAACAUCGAUACCUGAUGCAUGUAAGACUGAAAAAGUGCAAACGGAGGACAAAAGUCACAAAUCCAGACGGUGUCUGCAGCAUAAAGUCUUCCAGAUAAGCUUCUUCACUCUGUUGGUCACCGUGGCUUUAUGUGUCAUCUCCAUCACCGCUCUGUACCUAGUAAACUUGAAGGACGACGAUUUUGGCCUCACACCUGGAAACAGUAACAGCAGUGACGCUCCUCUGCAGACCUCAGCGUGGACCAGCACGGUCCCGCCGACCAGUUCUCCUGGCCCCUGGCCCCCUGCUGUGGACUUCUGUGACCUGCUAUACUGUGAUCAGGUGUACUGCUGCCCUUCUGCAGCAGAAAGCAGCACUGACUCAAGCAUCACCAGCUCUACGUCACCAGAAAUACCUGAUAUCUCAGAAAAAACAGAAGAUUUUUAUGGCCAGCUGAAACGUGCUGGAGACUGGACAAACACUACUAUCCAUUCUAUCAUGAUCAAAGAGAACCAGCAGGUGAUUGACAGUAAAUACUGCCUAAGAGACCAAUGUGGGCCCACUAGAUACAUCUUCAGAGUUCCUAUCAGUGAGUUUGUCCCUGUCAACAUGAGAGUCACCCUGCUCAUGAAUUCUACAGAGCUGUUGGUGGUCCAUCUGUGCCGCUUUGUUGAGUCUGCGGUCUGCUCUGCUCUGCUGGAUAUGGACAGUGAGUCUGACAGCAGAUACCCAUCAAACACACAGGGGGAACAUGAAUGGCCUCUUCAUGUGGCUCGUCUUUACCAAAGUUCAUAUUACUUCCGCUCAACAGUGGCUGGUCAAGCGGACUGCAGUACCGACCAUCACUAUGUGGGGGCGCUCUUCACAGACUACCAAUUUCACUUUUACAGACACUGCACAGACUCAUAGGAACACAUUUAAAGACAAAAAUAUGUGUUUAUGAAAUAUUUGCUUUAUUUCCACGAAGAUGACAAUCAGAAAUCCAAACAUGCUGUCAUCACAAGUUUUUAUAUUUUGUUGGUUUUUUAGGCUGCAAAUGCUUUUUUAUUGACAGGAAGGAUUGGUUAAUUUAAAAAAUAGUCCAAAAUAUUUAGUUUGACAUUCUUCUAUUUAGUAUAUUUUACUCUCAUUUUUUUGUUUUUGUUUUUAUGUGAAGUUUGAUACAGACCACAAUGACAACAGCAGAAUGUCCUAUAAUUCCCUCAUACAACAAACCAACCUUCUAAUCAAAUUUCAGUCUGUCAGUCAGGUCAGACGGGGAUUGAAUGUGACUGUAAUUCAGACAGGUUCCAGAUAAAUUUGGGGGCGCAAAACGCACAUG